GAGGGGGUGGUGGUGGAGACUCAGAGAGAGGAAGAGAGAGAGAGAGAGAGAGAGAGAGAGAGAGAGAGAGAGGAUAUAGGGCAGGCAUCAAACGGGGGUUUGGCUGCAGACUGGUCGGCAUCCUUUUUCACAACCUCGGUCGCUUCAGACAUCAGGUCCAGAGGAGAGUCGGUGAAGACGUUCAGCGUAACGACAGAGGAAGAGGACACUGAGACACCCAGAGAUCCCAGGCUUGGUGGCUACAUGCUCAGUUCUCUUUGGUUUUGAGAAGAACAACUACACCAACCAGGAAUCAUGGAUUUUGUGAUGAAACAAGCUUUAGGUGGGGCCACCAAAGACAUGGGGAAGAUGCUCGGUGGAGAGGAGGAGAAGGACCCCGACGCAGCCAAAAAGGAAGAGGAGCGACAGGAGGCUCUGAGGCAGCAGGAGGAGGAGAGGAAGGCCAAACAUACCAAAAUGGAGGCAGAGAGGGAGAAAGUACGGCAGACCAUCAGAGACAAGUAUGGGCUGAAGAAGAAGGAGGAGAAGGAGGCAGAGGAGAAAGCAGCCAUGGAGCAGGCCUGUGAGGGGUCACUGACGCGCCCGAAGAAGGCGAUCCCACGGGGCUGUGGAGACGACGAAGAAGAGGACGAGGAGAGCAUCCUCGACACUGUCCUUAAGUUUCUGCCCGGACCUCUACAGGACAUGUUCAAGAAGUAAAGAAAAAAAAAACAACAACAUAGAAAUCAAAAGAACCUUAAAAAUCAGGGUCCAGUCUGGUCUGGGCUGGGCUGCAGGGAUCUUUGUGUGGGACUUUGGGUGGACAGGGUUGAGUGAAGGUUUGGGGGAAAGAGACAACAAGGGUCAGUUUGGGUUAAGAGACCAGUAGGAUUUUAGAAGAUGUAGGGAGAAAAAAAAUCGGGAGGGGGGGUUGGGGUUCUUGCCAAACUGUUAGAGGCUGCACACUGCCUUUCUAGAAAUCGUUUACUUCGUUCUUUUCUACUCCUCGACGACUCUUCCCUUUUGAAUUAUUUACCACAGUUGCUGUACAACCUUCAACUGCCACUUAGCACAUUUCUACAAUAAGUACAUUUGAUGCCCUAGUUGUUAUUUUUACACAGACAUUUUGAUUGGUUGGCCGUCAUCUGGCGAUGGUGACCAAUGGAGACCAGUAUUCCCUUAAAGAAUGGCCCUUUCUUCUGUGGUCAUGUUUUCCAGUAGAUGGAGCAUGUUGUGUUUACUUCAAUGGGUGUUUUCUACUUUUAUGAACCUGGUUUAAGUCUUUAUAUUGUAAAAAAAUAAAAUAAAAUGAAUCAACGUUUGAGUUUUUAGGACAUGUGCCUUCAUAUCAUCUCCUCCAGCAGAGGAAUUGUCAAUGAGGGUUUCAUUCAAACAGGUGGACAGUUGUUGGUAUUGUGUAGGAUACAACAUCGGACACUUUUGGAAAAAUGUGUUUGAUCUAAAGUUGGAUUGUUGGGAUAUUUGGGGAUUUCCAGAAGCAAGUGCUCAAACCAGAAACUUCUGGAAAUCCAAGACAGCCAGAGAGUCCAUAAAACUAUUAAGAAACAAAAAAAACUUACAUUACGUUGAGCUUCCGAAGAACUGUUUGCUGCUGC